UGAGUGGGCGUUUCGCAGCGGAGCGGCAGCACAGCAGCGCCUCAACAAGAGCGGCUUUCGGGCUUUGUUUAGUGGAUGUGAAUGAGCUCCGUCACCUGCUCCAGAAAUGUGGCCGGAUAUAAGGACAUUGUUACUUUUUCAUUUGUUCGUCCUCUUCCUUCCUCACCUGAAAGCCACUGAUGAGUGUGAGGAUGGACAAUUUCAGUGCAACAACAAAAGGUGUAUACCGACCAUCUGGAGGUGCGACGACGAUGACGACUGCUCAGACAACAGCGACGAAGAAAACUGUCCCAGGAAAACAUGUGCGCCUGCAGAGUUUGCCUGCCUAAACGGACAGUGUGUACCGGGACGGUGGCGAUGCGACGGGGAACCAGAGUGUCCAGAUGGCUCCGACGAAGCAGAGGAGACAUGCAGCAAACAGACGUGCCCUCCAGAGAAAUUUGACUGCGGGGGAUCCACCAACAAGUGUGUCUCGUUGUCAUGGAGAUGCGAUGGGGAGAAAGACUGCGAUAACGGCGCGGACGAGGAGGACUGCGCAUCUGAUGCCAAAGCCUGCCCCAGCGCAGAGUUCAUGUGUGCUAACCGUAAAUGUCUGGCCACCGUCUAUGUGUGCGAUGGUGAUGAUGACUGUGGAGACGGCAGCGAUGAGCUCAAGUGUUCUUCACCGCAGACUUGCGGGCCCAACCAUUUCCGCUGUAACACCUCGGAGUGUGUACCACUGAUGUGGAGCUGUGACGGGGAUCCCGACUGCUCUGACAGUUCCGAUGAAAGCCCAGAACGCUGCGGUGGUGAUGGCGCCCCCUACCUGCCUAAUCGCAGAGCUAACUGCACUGGUGGCGAGUUUCGUUGUGCCAAUGGGGAAUGCAUUCGCCUGACGUGGAAGUGUGAUGGAGAUCCAGACUGCAAAGACAAGUCUGAUGAGUCUAACUGUCCCCUGCUGACAUGCCGGCCCGAUGAGUUUCAGUGCGGUGAUGGAUCGUGUAUUCACGGUACCAAGCAGUGUAACAAGGUCCAUGACUGUCCUGACCACAGUGACGAGUCUGGCUGCGUCAACGCCACAAAAUGUGAAGGACCCCUGAAGUUUCAGUGUAAAAAUGGAGAGUGUAUCGACAGCUCCAAGGUGUGUGACUCUGUCAAGGACUGCAAGGACCGCUCUGACGAGCCUAAAAAGGAGUGCGGGUUGAACGAGUGUAUGAUCAAUAACGGCGGCUGCUCCCAUGUCUGCAUGGACAGACCAAUCGGCUUUGAGUGCCAGUGUCCCUCUGGCUACCAGCUGCUGGACAAGAAGACUUGUGGAGACAUCAACGAGUGUGAGAACCCUGACGCUUGUAGCCAGAUCUGUAUCAACUAUAAGGGAGAUUUUAAGUGUGAGUGCUAUGAAGGAUAUGAGAUGGACCUGGUCACCAAGACAUGCAAGGCUGAAGGGAAAAGCCCAUAUUUACUGUUCACUAACCGCCAUGAGAUCCGACGCAUCGACCUGGUGAAGAGGGAGUACAGCCAGGUUGUGUCUACACAGAAGAACGCCGUGGCUCUAGACCUGGAUGUGGCUAACAACCGGGUCUUCUGGUGUGACCGAUUCCACAGGAAAAUCUACAGCGCCUUCAUCCACGAGGCCAGCGACCCAUCCCAGCAGGUGCCACUGGUGGAUUCAUCUCUUCAGGCUCCUGUGGGCCUGGCUCUGGACUGGCUCCAGCACAACCUGUACUGGACCGACUCAGGAGACAAAUCUAUCUCUGUGUCCUCGGUGGACGGCACCAAGAGGCGUGUCCUCAUCAGCUCUGACCUGAGCGAGCCCCGGGCCAUAGCUCUGGAUCCCCACCGUGGCUUCAUGUACUGGUCAGACUGGGGCACACGAGCCAAGAUAGAGAAGGCUGGGAUGAAUGGAGUGGAUCGACAGGUUCUGGUGUCGGAAAAUAUUGAAUGGCCCAAUGGCAUUACUCUGGAUGUAGCCAACAGGCGCCUCUACUGGGUGGACUCUAAACUGCAUCUCAUAGCCAGCGUGGACCUGAACGGAGCUCACCGCAGAACACACAUGUCCUCUGCAGAGAGCCUGGGACACCCCUAUGCUCUGGCUGUAUUUGAGGAUCGGAUCUACUGGACUGACAGAGACAAGGCAGCAGUUUUUAUGGCCAACAGGUUAACUGGCCAGGACGUCCAAGCUCUGGCUGAAAACCUGAAUGACCCUCAUGACAUUGUGGUCUUCCACUACCUCCGACAGCCGCCAGGACCUGACAGCUGUAAUCUGGGAAGUGUAGCCAAUGGGGGUUGCGAGUAUUUAUGUCUUAAAGCACCGCAGAUCACAGAACACUCCCCCAAAUACACCUGUGCCUGCCCGGACGGACAGGACCUGGGGCCUGACAUGAGGGGCUGUGUACCAGCAGCCCCAAGAGAUGACAUGACGGUGAUAUCGCCGCCUCCCUCUGGGUUUACACCAAACACCAGAGCGACUGCUGCUGAGGGUGUCGCUCCGUUCUCAAAGGGAGUCUCGCAGGCAGAUGAUGUCCCCUAUUUGACCACCGCGCCGUCUGCUUCUCCAGAGUUUCUCACCUCCCUCAGUACCCUGCACCCUCUGUCGUCACAGGAGUCAGAAUCACUGGGCUCCCACUCCACGGCCUCAGCUAUGGUCAUCUCAACCACAUCUGCAGGGGACAGCAGUGUCUCCCAACACUCUGGUGGUGAGAAUUUUGUCCUGGGUGAGAACCUGACAGUGGCUGUUCUCGGAGUGGUCAUUCCUAUUGUUCCUAUCGUUGCCACAGUGGUGUUUGGCCUGGUCUGCGCCGGAGUCUACCUGGUGUGGCGGAACUGGCGGCGCAACUCCACCAAGAGCAUGAACUUUGACAAUCCAGUGUACCGCAAAACCACCGGCGAGGGUGAGGAGGAUGAAAUCCACAUCGGACGGACUGACACCAUGGCACACCACGUGCACCACCACCCUUAUCCUCCAGGGGUGAGCAUGGGUGUUGUCGGAGCAGGGGGUGGUACAUGCCCGCAGUUCAUCGCCCUGCCUCUAGGGGGCAGCAUGCCGGAUGCAGGAACUCACUGGUACACGGAGCAGCCCAUGCUCUCCACUGCAAAGUGAGGCAAAGUGCUGAUGCAGAUGGACGCUCAGGCACACGGUGAAGUCAGAAUGAACCCGGACUAAGUUUGCUGAAGGGAUGAACAACAUAUCAUUGAUUCAUUCUGCCAAACGCAGCCAUACCCUUCAUCAAACUUCAUUCAAACCCCGACAUUUCUUAUUAGAUCAGCUCAUGUUUAAGGAAUGGUGUGUUUUUCUUGAGCAAAUGCUGGGAAUGAUUUACGAAUAUACAGUGUGUGAUAAUGUGUUCCCGAAGUUCGAAAAAUUAAGUUCAACUUCUGUUGAAAACGGAGUGAGAUGUGUGUGUCUCAGAUUUCACAAGCGGGCUCGGUUGAGCUUCUGUUACGUCCUUGAUGUGUUCAUUUUGAGUUUAUUCCUGGUUGGCAGUGGAGCUCUGGGACAGCUGCUAAAGAAAGAGGAGCUCUUAAACUGGGGCAUCUGGUGAGACAAUCUGUGCAGAUUGGUGUUCCCAAUCCCAAAUGGUGUUGCUGGAGAAGUCUUGUGUUGUAAACAUUUUUGUGGCUAAGUUUUCCUGGUUCAGACCCUUCUGAGGUCAUGUUCACAAUGUAGUUAUACACUGUUGGUUUUACUUAUUUAUUUUAUCUGGUGAAGAGCAAUAGAUUUGAAGAGCGGAAAGAAAAAACUGAGACAUGCCAUAUUUGGCUAGUCUUGCAUGAGAAUAAAAGGAGGUGAGGUUAGUGCUUUUUUUCAGUGGCUUGUUCGAUGUUAAAUGGCCUGAGAAAAGCAAUAGGCCACAGAUAUCAGCCAGCUGAGGUGUUUAGUGGUUGAUGAAAGUCACCGAGUGUUAACCAUUUCAUUUGACGAGACGCUUUUGACUGUGACAUAUGCACACACGCUCGGAUCCACCUGCCAUGCAGCGGUAUCACAUUCCCGCUGUUCUCCUGGGGGGGACGGGGACGAGAUGCAUUCGCCCGCCGCAAACACAAGCAGCAUGCUUAACUGCUCACCAGCUGACAAUGCAGCCAUUCGCUGCUCCGUGCGAGACACGCUCCCCCACACUCACACGCAUACUGCACAGCGGAUUCUGUGGCCGGCUGAGACGGCCGCGGUUUGAGCAGACAGUUUGGGACAGCGCUGUGCAGGAGAGCCCAGCUGGUGCCUGCUCUGGGAGAAGGAACGCGUCAGGUGAUGUAACCACCAAGAACAAGAACGCAGUGCGGUUGGCAUCGACUGAUUCUGCAGGUGGACAGGUUUCAUGCUGGUUUAGCCUCAUCUCCCUAAAAUUCCCAGUGUGUGCUCGUUGAAAUGCAUGUGUGCCAAGUGUUCAUCGCACAGCCAUAUUUGAAACAGUUUUUUGGAUGCUAUUUGUUGCACAAUCCUCUAGAAUGCCUUCUGUACUGUGUUUCUCAUGGAAGAAGGUGCGUGUGUGUGUGUGUGUGUGUGCGUGUAUGUGUGUGUGUGCGUGUAUGUGUGUGUGUGUGUGCGUGAAAGCGAGUGUGUGACAGCAGGAAAGCUCUGAGGGUGCUUUUUGAUUCAUCGGGUUGUAAAUAUGUUUUCAUAACGUUUUUGAUAAUGUAUUGUAUAAUUCUGUAAAAGAAGAGCUGUAUAUAAGAUUUUAGAUAAAAGUGUUGACACCUAUAUUAAUUUAUUUGUAUGAAGGAAGCACUGUUUUCCCCCCUGGUUGUUUAAAAUCAGAGGUAUCCACCAAAGUGGUUUGUUUAGUUUGUGUUGUUUCUUGCUGUGCAUCGUUUAGCAUCAUUUUUGUAGGCAAACCUGUUUUUUUUUUUUUUGUUUGUUUUUUUUGGUUAUUGUUCACAUACGUUUAAGAUGCCCCACACCCUCUACCCAAAAAGAAAAAAAAAAAUCCUCAUUUUAAACCUUAAUGUCAGUGAGAAGAUUGCUUUGUAUUUAUUUGUGCCUUUGUUUACACUCUCAUAUUAAUCUUGUUUUUGUUUUUUAAUAAAAAAAAAGGAUCAGCCAGCUGCUGCACAUCUAACAAUGAACUGUAUUACAAACAAACCGUUUCCAUGUUUUAAAUUUCCAUAAUUGAUUAGUUUUGAAUAUCUAUUUCUCUUGUCAUAUAAAAUCUGCCAAAAACAA